AUGGUAGAGGACUUCUUGGAGGUAUUUAUGGAUGAUUUCUCUAUUGUUGGUGAUUCGUUUGAUGAUUGUCUUAACCAUCUGGGUCAAGUGUUGAAAAGAUGCGAGGAGACGAAUCUCGUGCUAAAUUGGGAAAAGUGCCACUUUAUAGUGAAAGAAGGGAUCGUCCUCGGUCAAAAAAUCUCUGAAAAGGGUGUCCGAAGUUUCUUAGGGCAUGUUGGAUUCUACAGGCGCUUCAUCAAGGAUUUCUCCAAGAUUGCUAACCCGAUGUGCAAGCUUCUUAAAAAAGAGGCUAAAUUUGUGUUCGAUGACAAGUGCCGAAAGGCGUUUGAUGAAUUAAAGGAGCGCCUCACUACUGCUCCUGUGAUUGUUACUCCGGAUUUAUCCUUACCUUUUGAGCUAAUGUGUGUGUGA